AUGCUUGUCCAUGGAGCAACCACCAACACCGACCACCUUCAAUCAUGGGACUCGGCCCUCAAAAUCUUCUUCCAAGAAGCCGGUCUCACCCAGGCUCUACGCGGCUUCGAACUCGACAUGCUCGUCCUGAACCCUGCCUGGGAACGAGAAACCGUACCUGGUGCUCUGGAGAGGCUCAUUGAGAAUAUCAAGCAUUUACCUGAAUCAGAGCCGGACGACCGCAAGGCAGCGUAUACAGGCGACUUACCACCACCGAGUAGGGUCACGAAAUCCAUCUCGCAGUACUUGAGCCGCAACCGUGCUCGAAACGACGCGUCUAACCAAGCAGAGUUUCUUCGUCCCGCAUCCGAAGCUUCCUGUGCUAGAACGGAUGCCAAAACGCUGGACCGCGACACGCAGAUGAAAUAUGAUAUUGCUAAAAACGAUGACGGGCCGCUGCGUCGAACGAUGAAGAAGGAAAAGGGAAAACAAAAGGCAGACGAGGAGAGUCCUGCUGUCUUUGAGCGAAUUGCAAACGUCGAGUCUCAUCUAGCGGUGCAUUACGUACCUUCUCCUCCAGCAAGCCUACUAGCAAGAAUAAGAUUUCUCGAGGAACACAUCAUCCGGCUGGAAAAGGAAUACCCGCCAUGGGCUGCACUCCAUUUCAAUCAGCCAAGACGAAACUGGCCGCCACCACCGCCUUCCACGCCAAUUAUUGUACCACAUCAUUUGCGGACUCACGAACAGGGAGCUUCUACCACGCCGCAGGCUGCAGGUGGGCCUAAAGGCAAGUCGAGUCUUACCCGAGCUGUUAUGGAGAGGCUCGAGGUGGAGAAAGCGAUGAAGGAUCUUGGGAGUAAGAAAGCAGGAUAACAUUAAAUAAGCUAGAAUAAUGAUAAUUCCGGAGCCUAGCGAGUUGUAAGUGUGUAUGGUAACGGACUCGGGGGAAAG